CUUCCUCUUAUUCUCUCCUCACUCAUUUCUCUCUCAAUUUCAGACCCCUCCUCGUCAUCAAUGGAAAUCUCUCCCAGAAGAGAGACCAAUCCAAACCCAAACUCUCUGCCCUCCCCAAACAGCAGCACAAGCAGCACCAACAGCAACAACAACAACAACAACAACGUUAAUGGACUCCAACUCCAAGCUCCCCCAACAACCCCAACUGCCCAACCCCCAAAACCCAUGACCAGAUCCGACCCCGCUAACCCUUACCCGACCACCUUCGUCCAGGCCGACACCAACUCCUUCAAGCAAGUCGUCCAAAUGCUCACCGGUUCCUCCGAAACCGCCAACAAGGUCGCGUGUUCCAAACACAACAUCCCGCCCAUCAAGUCCACUCCCAAGAAACAGCAACAGCACCAACACCAACACAACAACAACUCCGGUUUCAAGCUCUACGAGCGCCGCAACAACGCCUUCAAAAACCAACUCCGCCUCAACCCCCUAACCCCAAUCCCUGUCUUCAACUCCAAUUCCAACGGCCACUCCGGUUUCUCGCCCCGAAACCCGGAGAUUUUGUCCCCGAGCAUUCUCGAUUUCCCGGCACUGGUGCUCAGCCCCGUCACUCCUCUCAUACCUGACCCGUUUGACCGGGCCGGGUCCGGGAGUCUCGGGCAUGGUUGCUCUCAGUUGAACAAGGAGGCUGAAGAGAAAGCGAUCAAGGAAAAAGGGUUUUACUUGCACCCGUCGCCGAGUACGACGCCGAGAGAAUCGGAGCCUCGACUGCUGCCUUUGUUCCCAACGACGUCGCCUAGAGCUUCAGGUUCAUCUUCUUCUUGAUUUUUUUUUAAAAAAGAACCCAGCUUUGAAAUCUCUCUGUAAUUUUACUAUGGUUAUUGUUGACAUUGAUGAUGAUGAGGAGAGGAGAGGAGGAAGGUAGGAGCUUUGUAAUCGAAUGCUUGCUGAGAAUGAAUGAAAGAGAGAAUCUUUUGUAUCAAUUGUU